ACACGUGGGGUUGUAAGCCUUAUGUUAUUAUACUACUCACAGAAGGAGAGACAAAAAAAUAGGGAUAUAAGAAGGGAAUCAUAGAAUGAUAGAAUGUCCUGAGUUGGAAGGACCCACCAGGAUGAUGGAGUCCAGCUCCUGUCCCUGCACAGGACACCCCACAGGUCACCCCGUGUGUCUGAGGACGUUGUCCAGUCUCUUGUGAACACUGUCAGGUUGGGGCCGUGACACCUCCCUGGGAGCCUGUUCAGUGUCCAGCACCUCUGGUGAAGAACCUUUUCCUCAUGUCCAGCUGCCCCUCCCCUGGCACAUGUUCCUGCCGUUCCCUGGGCUCUGUCACUGUCACAGAGAAGAGAAGAGCUCAGCCUGCCCCUCCUGCUCCUGCUGAGGAACCUGCAGCCCAUGAGCUCUGCCCUCAGUCUGCUCUGCUCCAGCUGAACAAACCCAGGGACUGCAGCCGCUGCUCACACGGCUUCCCCUCCAAACCUUCACCAACUUCAUGGCCUCCUCUGGACACUCUCCAGCAGCUUUAUCUCCUUUUCUCCUGUGUCCCCAGCCCUGCACACAGCGGAUGCUCCAGGUACUGCAAUGGCUGCAGGAGUUUUGCUGCAGAAUGAACUGCCGUAUUCUUCGUUGCUGGAGAGCAGUCUGUAUCUUGCAAAUAUGAGUUCAGGAGGUUCAAGGCGUCCGACGGCAAAAUACACGAAGGUGGGGGAGCGGCUGCGCCACGUCAUCCCCGGCCACAUGCAGUGCUCCAUGGCCUGCGGCGGGCGGGCGUGCAAGUACGAGAACCCGGCGCGCUGGAGCGACCAGGAGCAAGCCAUCAAAGGGCUCUACUCCUCCUGGAUAACAGAUAACAUACUGGCUAUGGCUCGACCCUCAACAGAAUUAAUUGAAAAAUACAACAUUAUUGAACAGUUUGAAAGAUGUGACAUAAAAACCAUAAUUAACCUUCAGCGUCCUGGGGAGCACGCGAGCUGUGGGAAUCCGCUGGAGCAAGAAAGCGGCUUCACGUACCUUCCUGAAGCUUUCAUGGAGGCUGGAAUUUAUUUUUAUAACUUUGGAUGGAAGGACUACGGGGUGGCGUCUCUCACUACCAUACUUGAUAUGGUGAAAGUCAUGGCUUUCGCACUGCAGGAAGGGAGGGUCGCCGUCCAUUGCCAUGCAGGACUUGGUCGGACAGGUGUUCUAAUAGCUUGCUACUUAGUUUUUGCAACAAGAAUGAGUGCUGAUCAAGCAAUUCUUUUUGUCAGAGCAAAAAGGCCUAAUUCUAUUCAGACUAGAGGGCAGUUGUUGUGCAUCAGGGAGUUCACCCAGUUUUUGGUUCCUCUGAGGAACGUAUUUGCGUGCUGCGAGCCCAAGGCGCACACGGUGACGCUGUCCCAGUACCUGACCCGUCAGAGACACCUGCUCCACGGCUACGAGAGCAGGCAUCUCAAACACGUGCCAAAACUCGUUCACCUCGUUUGCAAAUUGUUGCUGGACCUGGCUGAAAACAGACAAGUGAUCGAGGCGGAAUUGUUGGAUAUCCCAGAUCUCUCGGCUGAAAUCGAAAAGACCGUUUCUCAGUUGGUGUCCACACAGCUCGAUAGAGAGCUGGCGAGGCAGGACAGUGACACCUCGGAGUUCUCCCACACCCACUCCUCCACUUUUGAGACGCAGGAUUCUCUUUUCUCCCUGGGACAUGAAUGCGAUCCUCUCUGGAAAAAAAGGAAUGCUGAAUGUCUUCAGCCUCUUACCCAUCUGAGAAGGCGUCUAAGCUACAGUGAGUCAGAUUUAAGGAGAACUGAGUUUCUCUUAGAACAAGGAGAAACCGCAUGGACAGUACCUGCUCAGAUAUUGCUGUGCAACAAACUUAAGCAGAAUAGUGGUGAGGAAUGUUCUGCCACUAGCGAACAAAAGCCGCAGCUGGAUUUAAACAAAGAAGCGUUAGUGCGUAAUACGUGUGUGUUCUGGAGUCAAGGUAAAUUUAGUUUGGAUGGACAAAAAGAUGGAUCCUCACUUUAUAACAGAAGGAACUCCAUCAAAGAAGUACAACGCAGUAGAACCUUUUCUUCAGGUCUAGCGUCUCUCCACAAUACCAGGGAACCUGGAACGCCAAGGCAUAGUUUUACCAAUGAGACUGGUCAUAGAAAAGACCGCAAGGCUAACAUGUAUAGCAGAAGAGUCUAUGUCUCUGAGGACUCUGAUUCUUCUUCUUCUUCUAAAGUGAACUUUUCCAUUGGAUAUGAAAGCCAAGGUAGCAAAGAUGUGUCAGAGACAAUUCCACACAUUGUUCUGCAAUCAGAAUUGAGUUUGGAAGCCCGAAGAGUUUUGGCAGCAAAAGCACUUGCAGACAUAAAUGAAUUUCUGGAAGAGGAUGAAGUGAAGCAGAAGGUAGAAAUGUGGCAGAAAGAACUGAACUCUCGAGAUGGAGCUUGGGAUAAAAUCUGUACCGAGAGAGAUCCUUUUAUCCUCUGUAACUUGAUGUGGUCCUGGAUAGAGCAGCUGAAAGAACCUAUUAUAUCCGCAGAUGAUGUUGACAUGCUGGCAAAAAACUGCACGGAAUCACAGGAUGCACUUUACUUACUGAGAAAGGAGCAGUGUCAGACCAUCCUUUGUAUUUUACACUGUGUGGUGAACUUGCAAAUGCUACCAGCUGAUGUGGAGGAGGCCUUACUUGCUCGUGCUAUUAGAGCUUUCACUAAGACAAGCUUUGAUUCUGAUAAUGGACCGUAUGUUUACAAUACCCUGAAAAAAGUAUUUAAACAAACACUGGAAGAAAAAAGGAAAAGGCGCGACAAAGGAACAGAGAGUCCCGCUUGAUUUCUGCACAGCUGUGCUGAAGAAUUAGACGGGCCUACCAAAUCACUUUGCAUUUUCCAGCUACUGUAUUUUGUGCUGUCUGGCGUGACUUACCUAACGUUAAGUAACAGUAGUUAUUAACAAAGCAUUUUACUUUUUUAGGUGGAGUUGUAGUGAGAGUUGGUUUAUCUACACAGUUCUAAAAACAGCUCCUGUGUGACCGUACUGUAGCAUUUGGUUUCAGGUACUACGCUUUUAUUUGGUGAACUCUUCUCUUGUUUUCAAAUGUACUUAUUAAUUUAGCAACAUUAUUUCCAAGUGACACGAUUGCCAUAAGUUCAGUGCCAUGGUACACAAAGGUUUAAGGGACUGUGUUAAUACUUGUGUAUUAAGUGUGUUUACAUUAAUGUUAAUUGAUUUUACUUUGUAGAAAAUAAAUAUUGACUGAACUUAUUAAACUCCUUUUCCUUUUAGAAAUUUUAAAAUAAGACUAAGAGUAAUAAUGAAUGACGGAUCUUGAGGUCUACUGUUGUCAACAGAUAAUUUUUUGCUUUAGAUCUCUUAAAUAAUUGUCACCAACAUGUUUCUAAAAGAUGUUGCAGUAGAGAAAUACAUGAAGUGUAUUGAGUAUUAACUUAUCAAUGCCUUAUUUUAUAUUUUUUUGUUUAAGGAAGCUUUAAAGUGUUUUUAACCGAAAAUUGAUCGUGGCUUUUAAAGUGCUUUGAAUAAGGGUAAAGUUUUAUCUUAUUAACUAAACUUAUCUUACUUGAAGAGAGAAAAUAAUUAUUAAAACUUAAUGAGGUUAUAA